GCAUCAAACGUUUUAGCGAAGAAAAAGUGGCUAUUUUUUAUAAUUUCGCCAACUAAUAUUGGCAGUUUUUGAAAUAAUAGUUAUUUCACCGAUUCCCGACAAUGGCCCACAUUCCAGCAACGUCGCUGGGAAGUAAAAGUAAGAAGCACUUUCUCGGUGUUCCGGCUCCUCUUGGCUACGUCGCCGGUGUAGGUCGUGGUGCUACCGGUUUCACAACCCGUUCGGAUAUCGGUCCAGCUCGAGAUGCUAAUGAUGUGUCGGAUGACCGCCAUGCACCGCCGGCAGCAAAGCGUAAGAAAAAGGAGGAGGAGGAGGAGGACGAUGAGGAUUUGAACGAUUCCAACUACGAUGAGUUCAGUGGUUACAGUGGUUCGCUCUUUUCGAAGGAUCCCUACGAUAAAGAUGAUGCAGAGGCGGAUGCCAUCUACGAAAGCAUCGACAAGCGUAUGGAUGAGAAGCGAAAGGAGUAUCGAGAGAAACGGUUGAAAGAGGAUUUGGAAAGGUAUCGUCAGGAGCGGCCCAAAAUUCAACAGCAAUUUUCAGAUUUAAAGCGUAAUUUAAUCGCAGUAAGUGAGGAUGAAUGGGCCAAUUUGCCGGAGGUAGGAGACAGUCGGAAUAAAAAGCAAAGGAACCCUAGAGCAGAGAAGUUCACUCCCUUGCCGGACAGUGUCCUGUCGAGGAGUUUGGGCGGAGAAUCGAGCAGUACGAUCGAUGGAAGAUCCGGGCUGGCUUCGAUGAUUCCAGGCGUUUCAACGCCGGGAAUGCUGACUCCAAGUGGUGACUUGGAUUUGAGAAAGAUCGGCCAGGCAAGAAACACGUUGAUGAAUGUAAAAUUGUCCCAGGUAUCGGAUUCGGUUGCCGGACAAACAGUGGUCGAUCCUAAGGGAUAUUUGACGGAUCUUCAAAGUAUGAUUCCUACUUAUGGUGGAGAUAUUAACGAUAUCAAGAAGGCACGACUGCUACUGAAAAGCGUUCGUGAAACCAAUCCCAACCAUCCGCCGGCCUGGAUUGCUAGUGCUCGCUUGGAGGAAGUUACCGGAAAAGUACAGAUGGCACGUAAUUUAAUUAUGCGAGGCUGCGAAGUAAAUCCGUUGAGUGAAGAUCUUUGGUUGGAGGCGGCUCGUCUUCAACCGCCGGAUACUGCAAAGGGAGUGAUUGCGCAAGCUGCGCGGCAUAUUCCGACGUCGGUGAGGAUUUGGAUUAAAGCAGCUGACUUGGAAACAGAGGUCAAAGCCAAGAGACGUGUUUUCCGGAAGGCGUUGGAACAUAUUCCAAAUUCUGUCAGAUUAUGGAAAGCAGCUGUUGAGUUGGAAAAUCCCGAGGAUGCUAAGAUCCUCCUCUCGAGAGCAGUGGAGUGUUGUAAUACCAGCGUGGAAUUGUGGUUAGCUUUGGCACGAUUAGAAACGUACGAAAAUGCUCGUAAGGUGCUGAACAAAGCUCGUGAAAAUAUUCCUACCGACAGACAGAUUUGGACGACUGCUGCCAAGUUGGAAGAAGCUAACGGAAAUAUUCACAUGGUGGAGAAGAUUGUUGACCGUGCUUUGAGCUCUCUUAACGCCAAUGGAGUUGAAGUCAACAGAGAUCAGUGGUUGCAGGAAGCUAUGGAAGCGGAGAAAGCUGGCGCCAUCAAAUGCUGUCAAGCCGUCGUGAAGGCCGUAAUUUCUGUUGGAAUAGAAGAGGAGGACCGAAAGCAGACUUGGAUCGAUGAUGCCGAUCAUUGCGCUAAGGAAGGAGCCUUUGAAUGCGCUCGCGCCGUCUACAACUAUGCACUGUCAGAGUUCCCUUCGAAGAAGAGCAUUUGGCUGCGAGCAGCGUACUUCGAAAAGAAUCAUGGAACUCGUGAAAGUCUGGAAGCGCUUCUCCAGAAAGCCGUUGCACAUUGUCCUAAGUCGGAAGUUUUGUGGCUAAUGGGAGCUAAGUCCAAAUGGUUGGCUGGAGAUGUUCCGGCUGCUCGGGGUAUUCUUUCGCUUGCUUUCCAAGCCAAUCCCAAUUCCGAAGACAUUUGGCUCGCUGCUGUUAAACUGGAAUCUGAAAAUGCAGAAUACGAACGUGCUAGACGUUUGCUGGCCAAAGCUAGAGCUUCUGCACCUACUCCCAGAGUCAUGAUGAAAUCUGCUAAACUGGAAUGGGCACUCAACAAUCUUGAAGAAGCUCUCAGUCUUCUAGAUGAUGCCGUGAAAGUAUUCCCAGAUUUUGCCAAACUUUGGAUGAUGAAAGGACAAAUUGAAGAACAGAAAAAUCUACUUGAACAAGCGGUUGAAACUUACAUCGCUGGACUAAAGAAAUGUCCCAAUUCGAUUUCCCUUUGGUUGCUUUUGUCCUCCCUUGAAGAAAAGCGUAAACUACUGACCAAGUCCCGUUCAGUGCUAGAACGUGGUCGUUUGAAAAACCCCAAAAACUCCAUUCUCUGGCUUGCGGCUAUUCGAAUCGAAAUACGUGCAGGGCUCAAAGACAUGGCCAACACGCUGAUGGCCCGAGCUCUCCAGGAUUGUCCAAAUGCCGGCGAGCUGUGGGCGGAAGCGAUUUUCUUGGAGCCACGUCCCCAACGGAAAACGAAAUCCGUCGAUGCACUCAAGAAGUGUGAGCACGAUCCACACGUUCUGCUGGCAGUUUCCAAACUGUUUUGGAGCGAACGUAAAAUUCAAAAGUGUCGCGAUUGGUUCAACCGAACUAUCAAAAUCGACCCGGACUUUGGCGAUGCUUGGGCAUACUUUUACAAGUUCGAGCUCCAGCACGGAACCGAACAGCAGCAAAAGGAUCUGCUCGAGCGAUGUGUUGCGGCUGAACCGAAACAUGGCGAAGAGUGGUGUAUGGUAAGCAAGGAUAUUGUCAACUGGUGCUUCAAGACGGAUGAAGUAUUGAAAGCGGUUGUCAAGAUUUUACCCACACCGAUUUAGGAGGUUUAAAAAAAAUAAGAAAUAAUCUUUUGAGUUGCUUUAUCGUAAUGUAAUUGUCUCCAGACAAGCUUUAGGCUACAAACAUACAGUUGGCAGGAUGUGAGUUAAUGUGAAUGUGAUUUCCUUUC